AAUAAAUUCCUUAAGCAAACUCUUAUAAACAUUUUGUACCCGGGUAGAACAAAAAGCACUCUAUUCUUUCUUGGUUAUAACAAAUCUGAAAUAUCUUCAAUUAGAACAAAAUUCCUAAAAUAUCCAAUUCCUCCUAAAUUUAAGGAAGUACUUUUUAAAACUAUAAAUAAUAUAUAUCCCUCUAAUGAAUUUUUAAAGAAAAGAUUCAAUUUUGAGGUAGCCAAUUGUCAUAUCUGCAACAUUAAUGUUGAAACAACAGAACACCUGUUUUAUGAAUGUCAACCGGUUCAGAAUUUAUGGAAAUCUCUUCACAACCUGUUGUCCUCCAGAUCUAUAAACAUAGAUUUCUUUUCAUAUCAAAACAUUCAGAUGGGUGUAAUUCUACAAAAUAAAAAUGAUGAAUUUUUGGUCAAUAAUCUAAUUAUAGCAACAAAAUAUUAUAUACAUAAAUGUCGAUUUGCUAAGUCCUCCCCCACAUGGUCUGCACUUAAAAAUGAACUUUUGCGGUUCCAAAACUGUCUCAUAAAGGUUGAGAAUGCCCAUGCUAAAAAAUUGCAUAAACAUUUACACUUCAGAUAUGCUGAGUCCCUUUUAUAUUGUUUGUCUUUUUUUAUUUAUUUUGUUUUAGCUUAUUUUUUAUUGUUUUUGUUUUUCAAUAUAGUUUGUUCUCCCUUGUCAUGUGAAAAGCAUAGAAAAUGUUUUCUCAGAUGAUUUGCUGGAGGUGUGAUUCUUAGUUUAUGAUACAAUAAGAUUUAUAUUGUACAUUUUGAGGAUUGUAAUAUUCUUUAUUUUUUCUUCUUUUUUGUGAGAUAUUUGCAUUGUUUAUUGUGAUAAGAAUUUUUUUUUUUUUUAAAUAGAACCAGCUCUCUUCAGCCAUUCAGGUACGUCAACCGAGACAACGUCACAUGUCACAUUACGUAAUUGAAAUUCAUAAGACCAGCCGUCCAACGUAGAUUCGCUUACCCGGGAGACCGCAGGAAAAGAGCGAGGACAUGUGAAAAACAUUUGCCUUAUGUCCUUUUAAACAUUAAACAGAAUGGAGAACUCCUCUAAAGAAGAGUACACGAUCCAGUCGUUUGAUUUGGAGACACAGAAGCUCCUCAAAACUGCCUUGAAAGAUCCAGGUUCAGUUGACCUGGAGAAAGUGUCCAGUGUAAUAGUGGACCAGUCUCUGAAGGACCUGAUCUUCAGCAGAGAGGCCGGACGCAUCUGUUACACGAUUGUCCAGGCAGAGGCCAAACAGACCAAUGGGAACGUGUUUCGGCGUAACCUUCUGAACCGACUGCAGCAGGAAUUCAAAGCCAGAGAAGAGAUUCGGAAGAGAUCCACUCAGGAGUGGGUUUGCCUUGUGUCCUUCAUCUGCAACGUCUUUGACUACCUCAAGGUGAACAACAUGCCCAUGAUGGCCCUGGUGCACCCCGUCUAUGACUGUUUGUUCAGACUGGCCCAAUCUGAUGCCCUGAAGAACGAGGAGGAGGUGGACUGUCUGGUGUUACAGUUGCAUCGUAUUGGAGAUCAGCUGGAGAAGAUGAACCUGCAGCUCAUGGAUGAGCUGUUCAAUCUCCUGAGGGAUGGAUUUCUCCUGCAGGAGGACCUGAGCUCCAUGGGUCGCCUGCUCCUGCUCGAGAUCCUUGAGUUUCGUGCAGGAGGCUGGACUCUCGACGAAAUGGCUCAGAAAUACUACUACAGCGAAGUGACGGACUGA